AUGCAGCGACUUUUUGGUGAACGAGUGCCUCAAAUUGAGGGAGUCGCUUCAUCGCAGAGUCCGCCUACUUCCGCUGAGAUUCUACCAUGGAUACGGAAGAACGAAAUUGGCGAAGAUAGUGUGAUAGAAACCCCUUUUGGAAGGAGGCAGGCGAUUUAUUGCGACUACACAGCUUCAGCGCGUGCCAUUCGUCCAAUUGAAGACUAUAUAGUGGAGAAUGUGCUACCAUUAUAUGGGAACACUCAUAGUUCAGUGACGGUGACAUCAGAGCAGACUACCCUAUUCGUCCAUGAAGCUAGACAAGAAAUACGCUCAAUGACUGGAGCUGGUGAUGGAGAUAGCGUGAUUUUUACUGGCGCUGGUACCACAGCUGCAGUUGAGCUCCUAAUUCAUUUGAUGCAACCGGAAAAUUUGUUUGACAUAUACAACCAUGUUCCAGAUGAUUUGAUUCGUAUAUUGGAAGAGGCUCAAAAAGCUCAUCCUCACUGUCAGAUUCUAACGGCAUUUACGGCUUGCUCAAAUAUCACUGGUAUCUGCUUAGAUGUGCAGGAAAUUACUGCUAUUGUUAAAAGGCAUGCCUAUAUUGUCUAUAAAGCGAUAGCUGUGUGGGACUACGCAUCGGCUGCUCCUUACGUUGAUAUCAACGUGAACGGAACACAACCAGUGGAUGCGGCAUUCUUUUCCGGGCACAAAUUUAUUGGAGGGGUUUCUACUCCUGGAGUUCUGGUUGUCAAGAAGUCUUUGAUAAGAACUACGAAUCCGAAAAGAAUUGGUGGAGGAACGGUAUUUUUUGUAAGUUUUCAACAGAAGACCGCA